UUAGUCUUUACACCCACUCACACCUCCAUUUUAAACCCGACACCUUUUUUUUCUUCCAUCUUCUACUCUCGUCUAUCAUAUUCAUAUAUCCAUAUUCCAUCAUAAUAAUAUUGAUAUCCCAUGUGAAGCUCACUUUGUUCUCUCCCACGCACUAGCUAGCUAGUUAACCUUCUUUGAUCUAAUCAAUGGCCGCAAAUCAGUCCAAACCAGAUGACUCCUUAGAGAACCUCAGAAUUGUCGUGGAAAACAACCCUUCAAGUUCAAGACUAUCAGAACUAGGCAUCAAAUCUUGGCCCAAAUGGGCAUGUUCACCCGGGAAGUAUCAGCUGAAGUUUGAUGCAGAAGAGACAUGUUAUAUGGUGAAAGGCAAAGUUAGGGCUUAUCCAAAGAAAGGGUCAACAAUAAUAGAGGAUGAUUAUGUUGAAUUUGGAGCAGGAGAUCUUGUUACUAUCCCUAAAGGACUUAGUUGCACAUGGGAUGUAUUGCUUGCUGUUGAUAAAUAUUACAAAUUUGAUUCUUCUUCUUCUUAGUGAUUUGUUCUUAAGAUCUAACACAUGUCUUUUGUCCUAAUUAUUACGCCAUUUUUUUAAUUCUAAUGUGGAGGUUAUCUAUCUCAGUUGAUAAAGUUCGAGCAAUGUUAUAUAAGACUAUCUUAUGUGUA